CCGUCCGGGCUGGUGCUCGCUGCGUUGGCGUUGGGCGGUGUUCGCGUUCCUUUUGCGGUUGCGGCCCUUCGCUGGUGGUCUUCGGUUUUGGUGGCGGGGAUUUGUAUUAAUUUUUACCCAGGUGCAUUUUCAAUUUUGCUGUCUCUUCAGUUUUCUGUGGUCAGUAGUACAUAGGUCAUCGUCUCAUCCUUAAAUUCACCGGGCCGAACAUGGGCGUCGAAGUUCAGACUAUUACGCCUGGCGAUGGCCAGACGUUCCCGAAGACUGGGCAGAAAGUGUUUGUGCACUACACAGGCACGCUGGAGGACGGGUCCAAGUUCGACUCGUCGCGGGACCGGGGCAGGCCGUUCACCUUCAACAUCGGCCAGAAGCAGGUCAUCCGCGGCUGGGACGAGGGCGUGGCCCAGAUGUCGAAGGGGGAGCGGGCGAAGCUGAUCUGCUCGCCGGACUACGCGUACGGCUCGCGCGGCCACCCGGGCGUCAUCCCGCCCAACGCCGUGCUCCACUUCGACGUGGAGCUCAUCGACAUCCAGUGAGAGGCGGCGGAGGCUCGGCACAUUACCGCGUGGCGGCCGGCUGCCGGCCCGCCGCUGCCACUGCCGCUGACGUGGUCUCGCGGAUGUGGUCUCGCUGAUGUGGUCCCGUUGAUGUGGUCUCGCUGAUGUGGUCUCGUGAUGCGGCCGGGCCGAGCUGGUCCCGCUGAUGGGGUCCGGCGGAUGUGGUUCUGCUGAUGCGGUGCCUCUGACGUGGGACCACGAUCUGAUAUGGUCCCGCUGAUGUGGUCCCACUGAUGUGAUUCCACUGAUGUGGUCCCGCCGUGGUGAUUCCACCGAUGUGGUUCCACCGACGUGGUCCCGCUGAUGUGGUCCCGCUGCGGUGGUCCCGCUGUGGUUCCGCUGGCGUGACGAGCGGGCGGACACGGCGGCGGAGCGCGCGCCGUGGUCUCAUAUCAGGCCCGGGGCCGAAUACACGGCUGGCUGCUGGA